ACAAGUUUAAUCUUGGACUCCGGAGCAAGUUCGUGUGGAUACGUUGAGGCUUCAUACGUUUGGCGCUACGUUCAUCUCCUCAAAACCAUCCCCGACCGUUCCUCCGUUCUCCGUUUUCACCGUUAAGGUAAAUUUCUUACUAUAGCUAGUAAUUUACGUAAGUUGUUCUUGGGUGGAAUCGAGUUUUGGACUAUAAAUUUUUGUUUUCCGCUGCGUUAUCCAUGCCUCGUUUCCCAACAUUGUGUUCUUGAGCAUUCUUAGUUUACUCAUUAUCCACUCUAAAAGAGAGUAUUGUUCUUGACUGUUUUUAGUGUUCUUAAACACUUGACAAGAGAAGGAAUUGGAGAAGGUCAAUCAACUUCUAGGCCACCACUCUUUGAUGGUUCCAACUACUCUUAUUGGAAGGAACGGAUGAGAAUCUACAUUCGUUCCACCAUCUUCCAAUUGUGGUUGGUGAUAAAAAAUGGCGAGGAAAUCCCUAUGAAGAAAGUGGGAGAAACCACGGUCCCAAAGACCGAAAACGAAUUUGAUGCCGAGGACAUCAAGAAGAUUGAAAACUAUGCAAAGGCCAUCAAUAUACUAUAUUGCGCGGUCAACCCCGAUGACUACCGAAAGAUCUCCUGUUGCACAACCGCCAAGGAGAUGUGGGACAAGCUUGAAGUGACGUACGAAGGUACCGAUCAAGUUCGCGAAGCCAAGAUCGAUUUUCUCACCCAAGAGUACGAAAUGUUCCGGAUGAAAGAAGGUGAGAAAAUUGAUGACAUGUUCGACCGUUUUUCAAAGAUAAUCAACGACCUUCAUGCUCUUAAAAAGACUUACACCAACAAGGAUCUCGUGAGGAAAAUCCUGCGAAGCCUCACACCCGAAUGGAGGUCAAAAGCCGAUGCAAUCUAUGAAUCCAUUGGAGUCUCCAACGUCACCAUCGACGGGCUAAGAGGUAACCUUAAAACCUAUGAAUCUACUAUUCUAACCCCGUCUUUGGAUGAACAAAAGAAAAAGGGGAUAG